GGACAACCCUCGAUAAACGGCGUGUGUAUAUUUGUAGUGUAACUCAUUUUAAGGACAAUAAAAUGGCUGAAUGUUCUCAAAGUGGUCAUGAAAUGGAUAUUGUUAAGUGCGGAAUCUGUCUUUCGGACUUUACUAAACCUAUUCUUCUAAGUUGCUUUCACACAUUUUGUAGUCCGUGUGUUACGAAAUUGAUUGAAGGUAAGAAUACAUUAUGUUGUCCAUUAUGUCGAGCGAUACAAGUACUUCCAGACAAGGGGGUUGACGGUUUAAUCCUUUAUCCGUACUUUAAAAAGGCAGAUACGCCUGAUACGAACGUUAUGGUACUAUGUCAGAUGUGUGAAAAUGACAGAAUCGGUGUUUCUAGUUGUAUCGAUUGCAUCAGUAACAUGUGUUUUGAGUGUUCUGCAUAUCAUCUAAAGCACAAAUUAUUUAAGACUCACAAAACAGAAAAGAUACAAAUAAAAUAUACUGAAAAUAAAUCACCAGAGGAGACAAAUCUUAAUGGUGCAAUUUGUGAAACUCACAAUAAGGAUUUUACUCUUUACUGCGAGCCUUGUAAUAGAGCAGUAUGCCAGGACUGUGUUACACAGAAUCACAAACUUCACAAAAGUGAGCCAAUAAUGUUUCAAGCCCAGAGAAGGAGAGACCUUUUGCGAUCAGCUAUUGGCGCGAUAAAAUCGAAGAUUUCUGGACUAGACCAAGAGAGAGAAAUAUCGAAAUUCGCAGAACAAAAUCAUUAUAAAUUGUGUAAACAAUGGAAAGAUGAAAUAAGAACACAUGGAAACAGAUCUAAAGAAACUUUGUGCAAAAUAGUUGAUCUUUUAGCAGAUGUAAAUUUAAAACAAAUUGAUGAAAUGCAGAAGGAAGAUAUAAAAUCGAUUAGUAAUUUUCAAGAUGAACUUGAAACAAAGAAACUGUCUUUACUUUGCUUGCUUAGAAACACUGAAGAAAUUGUAAAGCGCAGUUGCGAUGGAACUCUGCUCAAUGAUUACACAUUUAUUUACCAGACAUUAAGCAAUGCUAUUACGAAGGACAAUCAGUUAAAAGUAUUUGCACCACAGUUUUGUUUCGGGAAUCAACUCGAACACAAAUAUAUUGAAAACUGUUUUGGCUUAGUUAGGAGAGGAGAGCAAGCUAACAUGAUAGGUGCAUCAGAGUCACACAUUUAUUCACUACCCACUAUUUGCGACGUAACUGAAUUUAAGAAAGUACAUUCUUUGAGUGUCGGCAACAUCAUUCGGAGUGUAUUCGGUGUAUGUGAAGAUAAGACAUGGAUACUGGUUUCAUCUAUUCAGCUUUACACCGCUAAAGGUUCAAUCAUCGGGUAUCAAGUUCCAGGUGAUAAUGCAGAGCAAAUAUUACGAGCGACACAGAAUGAAAUUUGGGUAAAGUCUGGUGAAGUUAUCAGGAAAAUAACCAAAGGAACUACAACCAAAACUGAAGAGAUAGUCCGCAUGUCCGAGUUCCAAACGGCCACUUGUUCUGUGCUAGAUGACAACCGUAUUGUGGCGUAUUCUGUUGAAGGUAAAUGUUUUUAUGAGGUGAAUAUUAAUGAAGACUGGCCAGUCAACAUAAAUGAAACAACAUUAAAAAAUAUCCCUGUCGAGGAAAAAUAUUCCGGGCUGAUAACCACAAAGCCUUUGAGGAUAACUGAAACCGUAUCGAAGCACAUCAUAAUACCAUGUGGGAACAAGGUUUUCACAUUUGACAGAAACCUUAGGGUAUGCAAUGUUCAUGAAAACAGAGAUUCAAGUUUCAGGGGCAUAUGUGGAGAUCCAUAUGGUAAUAUAUUUAUAGUUGAUUACAAUAGGAACAAAAUUUGUCUGUUUAAUUCAUAUGGAGAAUUGUUACAUGAUGUUUCGGUACAAGAAAUACCUAGCAGCCCAACGGACAUCACGAGAGAUUCUAUUGGAAAUAUUUGGUUGGCUAAUGGAAGCUAUGUAUAUAUAUACUCUUAUCUUUAAUGUUAAGCUUAAUAACAAUUGUUUGAUGAAUUUGUAGACAGUGGCGUUCAAACAGAUCAAGACAAUGUUUUUUCGCAGAGGUUUUAUAUUGAUAACCGUGAAAACGAAAAAAAAAAAGGUGCGUUGCCUUUACUUUUCAGUUAUCAAUUUUUAAAAAACAGUAUAAGAAAACUUUAUGCACUGUAUAUUUAUCUGUAAAAAAAAACUCGCAUACUAAAUAACCGUCGCGAUAACGCGUGUGAGGACCUUUUGUUGUUGCUCGUCCAAAAUUUUGUGACUUGAAAAAUUGUCCCUUAUCGGAAGUAUCUAAGUCGCCAUUUUAUAUAAUAAAAUUCCAACGAACAUUCAAAGAGGAUUGAACUGAAAGGAUUAGUCUAUAUUGAAGAAAAUUAAUACAACGAAAAUCAUUUUUAUACAAGGAAUUAGAUAAUGUUUUUCGGGAAAAAUAAAAACAACGUCAAAUUCAGAUAAAACUCACCCAUAAAAAGAUUUUACAAACUCUAAAUAAGUGAACCAAAGUCUGAUUGAAACUUGAUCACAAGAAAAUAACCUUAUGUUCAUAGAUAAAUACGUCUGUAGUCAAGCAAAUAUCUGUGUGGCAUUUGACGCAGGAAAAAGAAAAAGUGUUUCUUUUAGAUACAAUGUACAAUAAAUGUACACGAAAACAACUUGUGAAGUGCAGUUUCAUUCUCAGCAUCUGCAAGUGUAACUUUAACUUUUUUAAACUGGAUUGAAGCAAGGCUUUCAUUGUAUAUGAAUGUAUUAGAUCAGUAUAUAAUUUUAUCUGUACAUACUGAUAACUUUAAGGUCAUGAUUUAAAACUAACUUGAUAAGAAAUUAUAUUUGAUUAAGAAAAACAAAAUUAAAUGGAAUAAUUUUGUAUAAUUUAGCUUCAGCUCAAAUAACUUGCAUCCUCAUUUUUAGAAAAUGUCUGUACCAUGUCAGGAAUUCUUGUUCCAUUGAUUUAUACCGAUUGAUUUUUUCAGUUUUUUAUGGAUUUCUGUUUUUCUUUAAUUUGUAGUGGAGAUUGGUAUUUUUGUUUUACUUUUUUCUGAUUAAGCAGUAAUCAAUAAAAACUGCAAGAUAUGUUUUCCAUUUAAAAAUGUUUAUUUGCAAUGUAUACGCAUAUCAACAUACAUUAAAAGGAGAACAGGAAUCGCUACAAAUACUGGACAAACCACAUAAUCCAUUCAUAUCCGACUUCUACGAGAAAAGACGUCAAAAACAAAGACAGUUUCACACGAUACAGAUAGUCUGAUUUUGUGCAAACACACAAUUUGGUAAAGUUACACUAGUUUUGGUGCCAAAAAACUCGCACGUUCACCUAUUUAGACCAAUGUAGUAAAAGUGAAAUAUACAAUAUAAAACUUUUUUGUAAUUAUCUUAUUGUGCAUUACUGCGAUCCAAGUAGCAUUCCGCUUAUUGUCCAUAUUUGUAUAAAUUUAAAUUUCUAUGUUAGUAGCAGUCACUAAGAUAAUUAUGUUUAAAAUGUUUAGCAGAUGUAAAUAAAAUAUAUAA